AUGAGUCCAAGUACAAAGUUCUUAGAUAUAUUGAGCCAGGUGUGGGCGAAUCUACCCUUAAUAGAAGUGCUGCAAGAAGUUCCUAAAUAUGCCAAGUACUUGAGAGACAUCAUGGCCAAUAAAAGAAGGUUGAUAGAGUUUGAAGCGGUUUCACUUACUGAGGAGUGGAGUGCUAGAGUCCAUUGUAAGCUCCCGACUAAGUUGAAGGAUCUAGGCUAUUUCAUAAUUCCCUUGAAGAUCGAAAAACAUGAGGUUGGUAGAGCCUUGAGCGAUCUAGGAGAGAGCAUUAAUUUGAUGCCUUUAUCUAUUUUCAAGCAGCUCGAAUUUGGAGAACCUAGGCCUACUAUUAUAACUCUACAGCUAGAUUCCAAUUAUUUUGGGCGACCAUUCUUGGCCAUUGGAGGAGCACUUAUUGAUGUGAGGGAAGGCAAGCUAAAGAUGAUAGUGCAUGAUGAAGAAGAUACAUUUAAUGUGCACAAGGUGCUCAACCUGCCCAAGCAUUAUGAGGACUUGUGCAUGAUUUCGGUGAUUGAAUCAAAGGCAAUUGAUCCCAGGAUUGAUGUGAGUGUUGAUGCCAUCACAAAGAGAAGUGAGCCUGAAAAACUUCAGUUGGUUGAAAAUGUAAAAUUGUGUAAGGGCAAGACAAAGAAGUUGCAUGACAAGAACCUUGCACAUUGUGAGUUUAAGCCGGGUCAAUCCGUGCUUGUGCAUAAGUCAAGAUUAAAGAUCUUCCCUAGAAAGCUCCAGCCUCGAUGGUGUGGUCCAUUUGAGAUAGUUUGUGCUAUAAGGCAUGGCGAUGUGGAACUUAGGGAUCCCAUGCAUGGUGAUAUGGUUUUUGUCAAAGAGCAAAGAGUCCAACCGUAUUGA